UCCACGUCUCCCACGGCUGCGUCUUCCCCUCCGGCCGCGCCACCCCGGCCUCCGCCUCGCCGGCCGUGUUCUCCUACGCGCCGACGGCCUCCUCCGCGGCCCAGGCCGCCGCGGCGCCCUACGUCGUGCAGGCCGACGUGGUGGACCACCACGGCCGGAGGCUCCACGCCGCCAGCUUCCCGAGAUACCCCGGCAUGGUGAUGGCGCCGGAGCCGAUGGCCGCCGCGCCCGAGGACGCGCUGGGGCUGGACCUGCAGCUCAGCUUGUGACGACUCCGGUCGAUCGAGAGCCGCGUACACUGUUGCUCCGGUAAAAAAGGAAGGGAUGAAUUACCCACCCACGCACUACCACUAGUACCUGCAUGCGUCCGAACCAAAGCUCGAUCGAUCGAUCCUCGCUAGUACUACUAGGUAAUUAAACUAGCUAGCGGUAGUAAGUAAAGUAUAAGUAAUUUUUAGCUUCCGGGCUAGCUUUGGAGUGUUAAGCCGGCCGACCGCCUUGUAACCGAACCAACUCCUCCCGUACGUUCUUGAUAUGAUCCGAGGUCGAUCGAUGACGCCUUGUAAAUUCUUGGUCAAACCCAUUCACCCAUCCAUCAUCCAUCUCUGCCAUUUGCAGUGUUGAUCAAUAUCACCCAUUUUCUUGUUCU